AUAAGUAACUCUGCAUUUUAUGAUCUGUUUUAUCUCAUGAUUGCUGCAUCCCAGUGUUUUUUAUUACUGUUUACUUAGGUAUGCAUAGUUUGCUUGCCUUAUUUGCAAAGUUUUUCGUUUCCCCCACAGUCUGUGGCUGUUUUGGUUUGACAGUUUUAUUGCCCUUGCGCUUUGUCAUUUGGGGGUCUCCCCCCCCCUUUUUUCCUCUUCCUCCCUUUAUUCAUCCCCUGCCCUCUUUUCUCGUCAUCGCCUGGUUAUUUUUCCCUUUGGGGGUGUGCUCAGCUUUCCCCUCUUCCCCUCCUUUAGUUACCUGUGAUCCGCCGCUCCGAUCCCUCACCGCUGGCCUCCGGCGGUCUGGGUCUCUGCGGCGGGUCCCGCUUGCGCUUCCCGCGGCUCCGAGAUCUCGCGAGAUCUCGGCGGCCAUUUUGGGGAGCUCCCGCCCGUCCUCUCGCGGGAUUUCGGAAGUUACUUCCGUACUGGUUGUUCGGUCGGUCGGCUCGGCUCUGCUCCUGCUCCGGUUCGGCGGCGUCUGGGGUGAUUAACCCCUCGUUAGGUUAGGUCUUCCUGUUUAGCUCUUGGGCCCUCAUAUAUUAGACCUCCCCAUUAGGUUUUUCUGCCUUCAGGUUAUAUUAUAAUAUACUUACCACAGGCCCAUAUAAUGUCAUCUGACCGCUCCCCCUCUGGGUCUAACCCCCCCCCCCAUCCACUGGAGACCCCAAUGCUCGGUCUCCAGCGCUAUAAUUGAGGCAAUGGGAUCCAUGUCCUCUAUGAUAUCUCAAACCAUCUCUCAGGCCCUAGCUGCCCAUGCCCCCUCUACUCAAUCGCCUGUACUUACUAGCCCGCGGCCUACCAUUGUUGAACCUCCUGCACCCCAGGAGACUAUGAUUGGUGUGAUCCAAGCCACCCAUGAUAGCGCACUUAGAUCGCGCAAAAGAGCCUUACCGCGCCAGGCAGAACGGGCGCGAACGUGGAAAUGUGCUAGAGCACAGACUAGCGAUGUGGAUUCGGAUAUUGAAUCCGAUAUGGAGGCUUACGCGGAGGCGAGCGGCCACUCUGAAGGGGAGAUUGAGAUGGAAUCUGAGUUGCCAGGUACCGCUGGCCCUAUACCGUCCACCUCUGGGUCCGUGGGCGCGUCCGCCACUGCCCCUAACACGGCCUUCUACCCUGGUGGAUCCCUCUGGCAACCCGUUAUUUGAUCCUGAUGCCCUCCACCACCCUAGGUCGGCUGAUUAGCUGCCGCUGGCUCAUGUGAGUGAUUACCUUGAGCAUUGGGUGCGCCGUCCUCUGAGUAAAGAGGCGCGCAGCAAGCUCCGAUCUGAAUGCCCCAGACCAUUGAUCCCCAAUAAGGUCUGUGAAACGCCAUCUGUGGACCCAAAAAUGACACCGUUUUUGGCUAAAACCGGCUGGAAUCCCCGUAAGGGGCUAGAUUCCGCGCUUAAGAGCUGUCAGGAUAAACUCCUUGACAUCUUUGGCCCCCUCGCCAAAAUCUUUGAGAUGGCCGAAUCGGCCAGAGUGGACGGCUCUCCGGUAGAUCCGGAGGAGCUUACGGGCUGGAUUCAGAGGGCUAUUUGUAUUGCUGGCAGCACCAACUCCUCCCUGGCCAUUGAACGGCGUAAAGCCAUAUUGUUUAAGAUUGACCCAAAAUUGGCCAACCUGGCACUCACUGAGGCAGGGAAGGAUGCACAAGGUCUGCUUUUCGGGGAUUCCUUCAUUAAGGACCUCAGCAGAUAUGUGGGAGCAUUUACUGUCCUAGACAAGGCCCAAUCCUCAAUGCGCAGGGUCUUUCAGGGACGGGUCUCCACUAGGGCCGGCAGUAGUAGGGGCCGUCUGUCCGGCCGUUCCAGUUUCCAGGCCCGCAGCUCGGGCAGAGGCUCCUUCAACCAGAGACCACCCUUCCAGGACCAAAGGAAUCCUCCUCCGUUCUUUCCGGCCAGAGGCGGCCAAUGGCGUUCGAGGUCCGUUCGAGGAAAUCCCAAUUUCCGAAAGUCCUUCGGUUGAAGGUUCCACGACGUAUGGAUUUCUGAGUUGUCCCCGGUUUCCGGAGGUGUUAGCCAUGUUGGCUUGAAUUCUACAGCGUGAUGGACCAGUUGUUUAUCGUUCUCGGGUCCAGUUCCAGUUUCCGGUUUCGGUUCCAGUUCCGGUUAUGCAGUUGGUGUCUCGGUUACAAAGAAAGAGGAAGUUGAUAAAGAGGACACUGCUUAUUAUAGGAUCUGAGAGGGGAGGGUCCUUUAUUGUUAUGAUUAUGUAAA